AAAGCCGACAAAACCCGUUCUCUUGAAGGGGACACCUUGUUUGUUGCCGCAGCCCUCAUCCAGCGUGAGCGGUGGAGUUUUUCCACGGCAAAGAAGACGGAUCGGAUUUUCAGUACCAACUAGAAAGUCCAGUUCGACCGACCAAAAUGUCACAGGAGCAUGACAAUAAGCGAGCGGUCCUGGUUCUCCAGAACGAGCCGGGCUAUGCCGGCCAGCGCCGCUCCUUCACCACAGAGGACGAGGCCUGGAAAUCCUUUCUGGAGAACCCACUGACGGCCGCCACCAAGGCCAUGAUGAGCAUCAACGGGGACGAAGACAGCGCUGCAGCUCUGGGCCUGCUGUACGACUACUAUAAGGUGCCCAGGGAUAAGAGAACAAUAACCCAAAGCAAGCCAGAAGCCCUCGUCUGUGAUGUGGAUCCCAACAAAAGACACCAGAUCCAGCUGGGACACCCCAUACCUCCACUUCAGGAAGGCGGUUUGGAGAACAGGAUCCAGGUCCUCAAGGGGCCCUUCAAUAUUCUUCAGCUGGCCCAGGACAAGAGGGCCCAGUUCGCCUCCCCAGACACGACCGUCACCGUUUCCAUCGCCGCCGUCCCGAACUACCCAAUGGUGAAGACAGAGGGGCCCGCCCACGGCUUCUCCGUCACCGUGCCGAACAACUGUGCCGAAAGCGACGGCCACGUCUAUGACCGCCAGCUCGCCCACAGCGCGGUGCAGUUCAGCCCGGGCACCCACUCCCGCACGCCCCCCGACUCCACCUUCUCCGAGAGUUACAAGGAUGGUUCCCAGGAGGUGUAUUCCUUCCCCGGGGAUAUCCAGUUACGCAUGGCCAUGUCGCCUGAGGACUACACGCAGUUUAACAACGUGCCGGGGAGUAACUUUGAAUACACCCUCGAGGCGUCCAAGUCCCUGCGUCAGAAGACAGGUGACGGGACGAUGACGUACCUCAACAAGGGCCAGUUUUACCCGAUCACCCUCAGGGAGGCUGACCACAAAGGAAUGCAGCAACCCAUUACCAAAGUCAGGAGUGUAGUCAUGGUGGUGUUUGGAGAGGAGAAGUGCCGAGAUGAUCAGCUGAAGCACUGGAAGUACUGGCACUCCAGACAGCACACUGCCAAACAGAGGUGUCUGGACAUUGCUGACUACAAGGAGAGCUUCAACACCAUCGGUAACAUCGAGGAGAUUUCCUACAACGCCAUUUCUUUCACCUGGGACACCCACGAAGAGGCCAAAAUCUUCAUCUCCGUCAACUGUCUGAGCACCGACUUCUCCUCCCAGAAGGGCGUGAAGGGUCUCCCUCUGAACCUGCAGAUCGACACCUACAGCUACAACAACCGCAGCAACAAGCCCAUCCACCGCGCCUACAGCCACAUCAAGGUCUUCUGUGACAAGGGGGCCGAGAGGAAGAUCCGAGACGAGGAGAGGAAGCAGUCCCGCCGAAAAGGGAAGUCCGCCGAGCUCAACGCCGGCCUGGCCUUUGGCGAUGCCAAAGUUCCCCUCCUCCAAAAACGCAACGACGUGACCCUCUUCAAGAUGAUGAGCGACCACGAGACCCAGCCUGUCCUUUUCAUCCCGGACAUCCACUUCUCUACCUGCCAGCGCCAGCCAUUCCCGACAGAAGACGUUGAGGAAAGCUCGGGCAUGAAGAGAUUACCCUUCAGUGAGGAAGAGUUUGGUUCACCCCCAAACAAGAUGCCGAGAGGAGGGGAACCCAAGAAAGUGCUGCUGUACGUGCGCAAGGAGACGGAGGAGGUGUUUGAUGCUCUCAUGCUUAAGAAUCCCACACUGAAAGGCCUGGUGGAAGCUAUUUCAGAGAAGUAUGAAUUACCUUUGGAUAAAGUUGGGAAAGUCUACAAGAAGUGCAAGAAAGGGAUUCUAGUGCACAUGGACGACAACAUCAUCAAACACUACUCCAACGAAGACACCUUCCAGAUCACCAUGGAGGAGAUGGGCGGCAUGUACAAGCUCACCCUCACUGAGAUCUGAUUGGACGGGAGGAGGUGACAUCACCCGGAGCAGCGAAAUGGAAGACAGACAAUGUAGCCGUCAGGAGUAAUGGUUUACACAUCUAGCUAUGCAGUGACUAUGGACUUUGUAUAAAACCCUGUUGUCAUUGUGCUGUGUUAACUUUAAAAAAGUACAAUGCCCCACAAGGGGUCUAGUAAAAAGCCAUCGCUCUUAAAAGAUUGAAAUUCAGUUCAGGUAUGCAAGUUAUACAUUCUGAUUCAUUUUAAAACAUGCAUACAAAUCCACAAGUGAGGGUUUUAUUGUUAUGACUUCUUUAUUUUGUAUUCAGGAACUUGCCUCUCAGAUAAUACAUACUUUUGUACAUUUUUGUGCAGAGCAUUUGUGGUGCUGCUAUACCUCAUGCUAUGCAAGCAGCAGUGUUUUCUCAUGAGGGUGAACUUCUUUUGAUUCGUAAAGCCAUAGCACUGAUGAUUACAAUCUGUAAAAAUGGGGAAUCUGUGCCCAAAAGGAAGAGGGCAAAUUGUUGAUGGAGCCCCAGUGGUUCAGUGUAUUAAUACUAAACAACACGGCAGUAUUUAGCGUGCAAACCUCUUCAACAAACCUACAACUGGGUUAAAAUAAUGUAAAUUUUUGUUUUGUAAAUUUUUUUUUUGUGAAUGAAAUGACUUAAAAUAUGUUUUUGUUAGAUCAAUAUAAAAAUGACCUAUUUUAAGUAUUAAAUAGUCACUAAAUAUAUACGGUAGCUGUGUUUUAGCAUUGUUAUUUAUGUAUAUAUAUAUAUAUAUAUAUAUAAACAUAGAGAUACUAAAACACAGCUACCGCUCCCCUGUAGAGUACUUUAUGGAUUGUGGAUGAAAUAGGGUUAAUAAAUGUCCAGUACAUUGCGGUUGUCCUGGAAGGGCAAUAAGAAAUUUAGGUUCAGCCCCUUUUGGAUAAAUGCUCCUCUAUUGCCAUAACUGUGGCAUAGAAUACAUAUCAUGUGAAAACCUUUUUUUCUCCAAUUAAAAUAUUGCUGUAUAUACCCACUGAAAAAAUGGAUCUAUCUGAUCCCUCUUUUUGUAUUUCAGUACUUAUUGUGUGUAUAUUUAUUAACAGAUGGAUUUGGGUCAUUGUUUUUUUUAUUUUACUAUAUUAAAAUGUCUAUUAUUACUAAUAAUAUAAUCUUUUUAUAUGAAGUUAUUCUAACCUUACAUGUCAAGGGAAAAAAAGUUAUUUGUGUGUAUUUUUUUUUGUAAAGGAAUAAAUGCACAAAGUGCCCAAUAAAAGC